GAUCAGGAUUUUAAACGCUUUAAUUUAUUUGUUUUUAAUAUUUGAACGUUUUAUCUCGAGUUUGAUUGUAUCUUUUAUAUAUACGGUUGUUUUGUUUGUAGUAACUGUUGAAGUAAUCGCCCUGUUGUAGUUUAGUGACCGCUUUAGAAGAACAUCAUUACAUUAUGUUCCCGGAGAGUCACACAGGGUACAGCUAUGAGGAUUGCAGGGCUACAGCUGACUGGCUGUUGGCUCAGACUGCAGUGCGCCCUUUGGUGGGCAUCGUUUGCGGCUCUGGUCUGGGUGGAUUGGCAGACAUGCUGAAAGAUCAGGUGAUCUUCAACUACAGAGAUAUUCCCAACUUCCCUCAGAGUACAGUGCAUGGACACGCCGGACGGCUUGUGUUUGGGACUCUGAAAGGAAGGCCAUGUGUCUGCAUGCAAGGCCGCUUCCAUCUCUAUGAGGGAUACCCCAUCCAAAAGAUCACUCUGCCUAUGCGGAUAUUUAAAAUGCUCGGUGUAGAGACCGUGAUAUUGACCAAUGCUGCAGGAGGCCUCAAUGAGGACUUCAAGGUGGGAGACAUCAUGAUCAUCAAAGACCAUCUAAACAUGCCCGGAUUCGCUGGCAACAAUCCGCUGAUAGGACCUAAUGAUGAAAGGUUUGGCGUGCGUUUUCCCUGCAUGUCUGACGCAUAUGACCGCGAACUGCAGCAGCUGGCAAUGGAUGUGGGUGUUGAGUUGGGUUACGCUGAUUUCCUCAGAGAGGGGGUGUACUGUGUGCUCGGGGGUCCUUCAUUCGAGACCAUCGCCGAGUGUCGCAUGCUGCACAAACUCGGAGCUGAUGCUGUUGGAAUGAGCACGGUUCACGAAGUGAUCGUGGCGCGUCACUCUGGAAUGCGUGUCUUCGCUCUGUCUCUGAUCACCAAUAAAGUUGUGAUGGACUAUGACAGCGAGGAGAAGGCCAACCAUGAGGAAGUUCUCGAGACAGGCAAACGAAGGGCAGAGCAGCUGGAGAGGCUGGUGUCCACCAUGGUCACUCGCAUUGGGCACAAUAACUAUUCCUAAACAAAACUUGAAACCGAGAUAUCUGAUCACUGAAAAGCAACAAUGAACUUGAACACAAGGUCAGGUUUAGUACUGUGAAACAUUCAGCUUGUCAAAACCGAGCAAUCCCACUUGUGUUUAGUGCUGUGCUGAUGUUUGUGUAUUUCAAGGUGCAAUGUUCAGAAGAAUUAAGAUCACAAUGGUGCAUGGAUAUCAUUUCAUAUUUAUUGUAUUCAUGAGAAUCUCUGCUCAAGUACAUUCCUUUAGAGUAGACAACAAACUGUAGAUGUAUAGAAAUAUUUCUUAAAACAUUAACGGUUGUGUAUAGUAAACUGUUAAUUGCUUUUCUGAAAGCUUUUUGCUGUACAGUAGAUGUAUAGAUGCUAAUUCUGUGUCCCUUUUUUCUAACAUUUUAUUAAAGUUAUAUAUUUAUUACUUUA